AUGGCCAUGGUCCGGAGUGAAACUUUCAGUCUUGGUACUGUGGGCCAUAGCCAUCCGCAGACAUCUCUGCGCAAGGCUUCCAGACCCUCAGCGUCUCAUUUGUCUCCAACAGCGAAGAAUUAUCUACCACUCGAUCAACAACAAGCAGGAUCAGUCAUCAAACAAGAGCAAGAACCAUAUGAUCCAUUUAUCUUCGGUCAAUAUCAGGACAAUCACAGCAACCAUACCCACGGCAACCAUCUACAACGCCCGAGUGACUCCAACUGGCCUCUAUUGUUUGAUCCGCAUUUAAACAAUACAAGGAUUUGCAAGCACAAUACCGAAAAUCAAGGAACAUUUCAGCCAAUACCAAAGUCGGAUCAGAUCUGGUACCCUACUCGAGAAUACGCAUACACACAGGCAGCUGCGCCGAGAACACAGCAAGUACUCUUAGCCAUGUCGAACACGCCGGAGAGACAGCAUAGACAAUCAAAGUCGCCUGUUCCUCCGCAAGGCUCUUAUAACAAAGAAGGGAUAACCGACAGCGACAAUAUUACGAGUCAUAACUUAAAUCCGGAUCAUGACACCAAUGGACUCGUGCCUACAUUGCCUGCUGUGCCUGGAGUUUCAAAGUCUCAGACAGAUAUAACAACCAUUGGUGCCCCCAGUUUAGUAGCUGAAGGCCGCGAAUCUGAUUCAAAGGAAAAGAAUGGAGGUGGUGAUGAAAAAAAUGGAUUACUAAGCGUGGCUGGUACUUCGCCACAUCACUUUAGCGCACAAGGCAAACAUCAAUUUGCAGCCUCUCAAGCUCCAGGAUACCAGGCAUUGCAUUAUCAAGAAUCCAAUAGCCAACCUGAAAACCACCAAGCCGGACUGUACGAGCGUGGCAACCAUCUCCCCUACGAAUAUCCGCUAAAUAUACAUCCCCCUCCUAGUCGCGAUAAUACAUACUUUCCUGAAGACUACGACCAUAACACAGAUUCAGACUUCUUUCAAUAUCAGGAUAACUCCCGCCCAAACAACAAUAUGAGUUUAAGCUACGAGUCCAGAUCAUUUAUGACUGAUACACAGUACCCGAUGCAAAUGGCGCACGAAACGCAAGAACAGGACGAGUUCAAGCCGCACGAUGAGCAUAAUUACCCAAGUCCGCCGCCCCCAAUGUCCGAGAACCCUUAUACCACACAACCUAUGACGGAAACUCCAGACCACCCAUCGUUGGAACUGCCAGAAUUACCAAAAGACGAAGAAGAGGCGCCGUCACCCGGACGAUCAAAGCCAGUACCAAAACCUGACAGGGAGAUUACAAAAGACGCAAAUGGGAGAUUCUACUGUACAUGGCCAGGGUGUACUGAAGAAGUCAAAGAUUUUAAUAGAAAAUGCGAGUGGAGCAAACACAUGGACAAACACGAUCGUCCUUACAGAUGCAAGGAACCAGGCUGCGAAAAGCUUCCUGGAUUUACAUACUCUGGAGGACUCCUUCGACACGAAAGAGAAGUGCAUGGAAAACACGGCGGGCCUAAAAAGCAACUCAACUGUCCUCAUCCCAACUGUAAACGUCACACUGGAAAAGGAUUCUCCCGUCAAGAAAACCUCAACGAACAUCUCAGACGCGUGCAUACAGCAGAUACAGGAAUGACACAAAUUUCUCAAAUGAACAUGGAUGAAACAGAAGAAGAUGCCAGCCAAGCAAUUAUAACAGGCAUGAAAAGAAAACGCGGAAAUAGCAAGGGAGACGUUAGUGAACUAGAAAGUCUUCGCGAGGAAAUUAAGAAGAUGAAGGCCGAAAAUGAUGAGCUCAAGAGACAAUCACAAGCCCAACAAGCACAAACUGCAGAAGUUAUGCGCCAACUGGUUGAACUUCAAAAUUUAGCAACGCUGCAGCAUCCACGGAUGAAUGCACCGCAGGCUACUAUGUAA